AGCUGAACACCAUAAAGAUACCAUUCUAUCAACUGUCAACUACUGCCACAGAGAUACAUGAACUUUCCAGUUCCAAUCCACACACAUAGAUAUAUAUCCCAAAUCAAGAAAUUUCACAAAUAAGAUGUUUGAUGCAGGGGAAUUUUCUCCAAGUUCUUCAGCAGCUGCUCUGUCUGCGGAGUGUUUCAGUAGUAGCAGCUGCUUCAGCAGUCUAUCAUCCUCAAAGAAGAAGAAGAUUAACAAUAACAACGCGAGGAGGUUCAGCGAUGAACAGAUAAAAUCAUUAGAAACGAUGUUCGAAACAGAGACCAAACUUGAACCAAGAAAGAAGCUGCAACUAGCCAGAGAACUCGGAUUGCAACCUCGACAAGUAGCAAUUUGGUUUCAAAACAAGAGAGCUCGAUGGAAAUCGAAGCAACUCGAAAGGGAUUACAGUAUACUUAAAUCCAAUUAUGACAAUCUUGCUUCCCAGUACGAAUCUUUAAAGAAAGAAAAACAAUCCUUGCUUAUUCAGUUGCAAAAACUGAAUGAUGUGAUGCAGAAAGAAAGGGGGAAGUACUGUUGCAAGCAAGAAAUCGAGUUAGACAACAGAUGUGCUGCAAUUAAGAAAAAUGAAAUGGAAGGGAUGCCAAGCUUGUCUUUUGACUUAUCAUCUCAGCAUGGAACAAAUGGUGUUAUUUCAGAUGAUGACAUUGACAGCAGUAUAAAAGCUGAUUAUCUCGGGUUAGAUGACGAUGCAGUACAUCAUCUACUGAAAAUUGUUGAAGCAGAGGAUAGUUCUUUAACUUCCCCUGAAAAUUGGGGCAGCCUAAACGACGAUGGUAUCUUAAACCAUCAGCCUAAUAGUUCUAGUUAUGAUCACUGGUGGGAUUUCUGGUCUUGAAUCAGAAUUGUCGACAAAAUAUACACAUCUAAAACGUUGGCUUUAGAAAUGAUCAGCUGCCAAAUUGCUCACGACUCUUGUACAUUUGAUCGAGCAUGCUGGCAUCCUUUGUUUUCACUUUCAUAAGAGUUGAGUUUACCUCAGCCUUACAGUGCCUUUGUCUACUAGACAAACUGUAAUCUUGUAUACUAGUACUAGUCCAUGGUGAUUUUAGUUUGUAUGCCUUGAAAUAUGCUCGUAGUAAUUAUCAGACCAGAAUAGCUGAGAAUUAUAAUUUCCAGCAGCUCGUAAUCAGAGAUAUAGUUUAAAAGAAAGUAACCACACAGAAUAGAAGCUAUUGGAGGGU